AAGAGAACCAGCUUGGCAAGACGGACAGGAUAACGCUGGUGAUUGGCCUGCGCCUGCUGAGAUUCGACUGUCAUUUUAAAAUAAAUUCUUUCUUGUCUGGCCAGAUAUACAUAGCAUCAUAAUGCUUUCUGAUUUCUGCUGUGUCAGUUCAUCUCUAUUUGAUAUCAACAUAUUUCUCUUUGUCAACAACCACCGCUGGUAGUUAAAUGAACAUCCACCCCCGGAGUAAAUAUCAUCCCCGAAUUAGAAAAAAGCCCGGCAAACUACUAUGAUAAACCCUCCCAGGAAUCUUCCUCUUAACGGACCUAUCUACAUGUAACUACUAACUACACGGGGGGUUGGUUAGAGUGUAAGAGAGGCAAAAUAUGUCCCACAGUUUGCUGGAGAAGAGGAAAAAUAUACGACAAGCACUUCGUACCUGGCAAAGGCUUGCAAGAAACAACUUUUUGCCGCACACAUGCCCUGUGUUCAAUCUCCUUCUACUACGCAGCGUAGAGGCACAAUCUGUGUGCAUCGAAGCUCUGUUGGCGUUUUUCUACUUGGUUCGGAAAAAUCCUGGAGAAUAGUUAUGCCGCCCCCGGAUAACCUCCUCGCUUAGGGAUAUUAUAUUCUUCUCUUCUGAGUUGAAACCUCGAAACCACCAUUUUGUCCGCUAUUAAUUAACUCUUAUUAAUUUCGGAUAUGCCAUAUAUUUUCUCAUUCAAUGUUCAAUAAAGCAUGCUGGUUCUGGCCACACCAAUCCUCUCUAUAUAUCCCCUAAAAGCAUAAUUUUCCGUGCAAAACAUACAUAUACAUACCUGCCGAGGUGCCUAGCACUUGACACAGAGAUAAGCUUGAUGUGGAAACCUCGCUAUUCAUGUCUAUCAUUGAUUGGUCAUGUAUUGCACGCGGAGUACUUUAUUCUACCCUAACUGACACCUAGAUAUGGUGGCUGAUAUAUGAUCAAGGAAUUAAGUCAUACAAAUGGUCGCGAGUCCCCUGGCAUCUGGUUUUUGUAGCUCUUACCCCAUAUCGCCGUAUCUGGAAUUUCCUAAAUGAUCAUGAUGAUGGUGAUUGUUGAUGAUUAUGGAAGAACGGCAAAUGAAAUGAAAAACAAAACAAUGUAUAGCCUGUGGAGAGCCUAUCCGUUCUUCAUCCAUGUUUGUUUGUUGCUACCAUCCUCGUCAUUCCUAUUAUUCCUGCUUCCUGAUGCACUGGGCGCAGACAUAAAUGUAGCACCAUUGCUUCUCCCAGCCGAGGAGGGGAAAUGGGAUAUGGAUAUGGAUGUGAAUAGAGCCCUAGCUUCCAUUUCCAUCUCGAAAACAUGGCAUGUUCUUGGACCGUUCAAAACUGGUACAAGAGGUCAGUAUAUCCAUUUCGUAUACCUGAACACUGCAUCAGAGCAUGCAACGCAAAACAGCAACAUCAACAAAUUGACCAUGGUUGCAAACUGAUUUUUCCAUUGUUCCCAUGAAACACCUACAGAAGCAACAUGGGGCGCAGAUCCGCUCGAGGUGCUCGGUGGAUUCCGCAAUAUGUCCUAUACCAACGAUCCCGCUGCUAGAUUCAGCAGCGCCCUGGGCGUUAACGGGUCCGUUGGUUGGUCUAUCCUGGAAGCGACGGAGCCUGAACGGGACGAUUCUGCAUCUACCAGCGCAAAGGUCACCCUCGACGUCGGCUUUCCGGACGUGGACUGGGAACUUCUCCGGUCGUUUUAUGGCUGGGCGGGACUACAGUAUCAAGCCUGGGCGCGAGGACAUUUUAAUGUGACCACGCGGACUGUUGCUGGUGGUUAUACGAGUAGUUCUACCGUGGCUGUGUAUACGGAUGGAUUGCUGGAGGUAUGGAUUGACGGAGAGUCGUUCUUUGGCGGCGAUUUUUAUGCAUAUCGACGGGCGCCGGUUACUCUGAAACUGGCGGCCGGCUCGCAUGUUGUUGAUUUGAGGUUGGUGAGGGAUGUGCGCGCGUUGGGUGGUGUGGGAGAACCGAGAAUACGGGCUGCCGUGGAGGUUCAGUUGAUCCAGCCUUCUUUGGCUGGUGACGGUACUGGCAGUGAUGAUAAUGAUGAAGUGGUGUUGGGCUUGAAAUUGGAUGCGGGAAGUGUGCUUGUUGCAGACGUCGUAGAAGGGAAACUUGCUAGUCCCUUUGCUUCUGUUAUCGUGCGGAAUGAGCAUGAUGGAUGGGCGGAGAUUACGGACAUUAAACCUGUUCGCGAUAUAAAAUCUACUAGACCGAUGGUGGUAUUGAUCGAUAGCCCGAUAACGCUGGCUCCGCACCAGUCGCGCCCAAUAGGUUUGAAAAUCGAUUUUGAUGACCAGGCUCCCUCAAACUUCUCCUUCCAGCUCGUCUAUACAAUCGAGUCUGCGGGCAAACAGCGGAAAACAAACCCGGUGACUGCAACUGCGGUACCGCGCAAGAUAUCAGAUCCGCAAAAAUAUACCUUUCUCCACCCCAGCGGCAUCGUAUCCUACGCCAUUUUGCGGCCGCCCUUGAACGCCUCCUGCAAUUCCGCCGCGGCCAGUGGCGAUGAACAUAGACUUCCCAUUCUAGUUGACCUGCACGGCGCGGGCCUUGAAGCUGGUAAUGAACAGGUUAGGCAUAUGCUGGACGAUGCGUACGGGGUAUGUUCAUGGAUACUGUUCCCGACGGGUGUGACACCGUGGAGUGGGGAUGAUUGGCAUACUUGGGGUGCUGCGGACGUGCAGGCUGCGGUUGAUGCUAUACCGAACUGGAUGCAGUCGGUGGCGUGGGAAGGGCUGGGAGCGGCUUUAGAUGAUUGGCUUGUGUCCGGUCAUUCGAAUGGAGGCCAGGGAACGUGGUUCUUUCUCACACAUCAGCCUGAUAAAGUUAUCGCGGCUGCUCCAGUUUCGGGAUACUCGUCGAUUGAAAAUUACGUGCCAUUUACCAUGUGGCAUGAUGGACAGGCUACUAUCGCGAGCGUGAUCCAGACAGCUCGGCAGAGCUUCAAGCACGAAUUGCUAAUGGGGAACUUUAGAGGAAUCCCCAUUCUCCAACAACAUGGAUCUGCAGACGAUAAUGUCCCUGCAUACCACUCACGGCUGUUACACCAGCUAAUCUGGGAAAAUGGCUGGCAUUCUGAAUACCAUGAACUCCCAGGAAAGGGGCACUGGUUUGAUGGCGUCUUAACCACGCAACCACUGCUGGACUUCUACUCUCGUCAUACCAGCAAUUCUUCUUCCUACGACCACCUCCUCCCGGAACGCUUCUCCUUCUCUAUACCUAACUCAGGAGAUAUGGGAUCCCGAGGUGGCAUCAUGGUAGACCAGCUAUCGUCGCCGGAUAAAUUCGGACACAUCCAAGCGACCCGAAAAGAGGAAGGCGUGACUUGGCAUCUAAAAGCACGUAACGUGCAUCGUUUCCAUCUCCUACCGUCUAGGAUGCGUGUAGCGGUAUAUCCUAGGGUGAUUGUAGUGACGGAUGGUGAUGGGGGUGGCUCUGAGUCCACAUUUCUAGUCCCAGCUGCGGACCAAGCCCACUCAAAAUGGUUCGUCAAAGACGAGAUUACGGGCAGCUGGACCGUCUCGAACGAUGGAUCCUGGCAGGACGAUAUCAGACAGCGGUACGGCCGGCAGAAUGGUGCUAUGGACGCGAUCCUUCGCUCAACGGGUAGAUUUACGAUAAGGGUCUGCUCCCGGGACAGUGAUGGAAGCGAACAGCUUAUAAACGUGGCGCUGCAGAUAAGUCGUAACUUACUUCAAUAUUUCGCAGCGGACUCACAGCUUCUGCCUCUGCAAACUGCCUGCAACAGCAACAGCAACAAUAGUCACAGUAAUAAUAAUGAUCACAUCAUCGAUGACCAGGAGGAAGAACUACGCGGGCCAGGAAACCUCAUCACCAUCUCAAUCGGAAACGAUCUACCACCACCACCCGCCUCCCUCGUCACCACGUUCCCCAUCCACAUAGCCAACGACCACCUGACGAUCCGCACCACAACCUCAAACCUGCACACAACCACCCCAACCACAAAAUCCUACCCCUUCGAACCAGACCUAGGCGCCAUAUUCCUGCGCCCGCGGCCACUUCCGCACCAACGCCUCGAGUUGGUCGUUUGGGGCGCCGACUUGGGCGGGUUACGGCAGGCGAGCCGGCUCGUACCGCUCCUGACUGGGGUUGGGCAGCCUGAUUUUGUUGUUUUGAGUGAGCAGUGUCGAUGGCGGGGGUUUGCGGGGGCGUAUGCUGCUGGGUUUUUUGAUUUUGGGUGGCGGGUUUCUGCGGGGUCGUAUGUUGAUUGAUUUCGAUUGGUUUGGUUUUCUAAUUCCUUUUUUUUUUUUUUUUUUUUUUUUUUUUUUUUUUUUUUUUUUUCCUUCUUUUACCAUCCCAUCCUUCCUCAGCCUUUUGACUGCUUUUUUAGGAGUGGGGAGAUGGGUUCUGAGCCUGAGGCUUCCCGGACGCUUGUUCCCUUUAUAUACCACCGUCGCUGAUGGGAAUAGGCUGAUACCCACGAAGUGAUUGGCAAAUGAUGAUGGUCAUCUGGAUAUUCGGCUAGCCAUAUCUACCCUAGGAGGUAUCUAGAAAAGGGUGUCACACUCAACAUCCCUCAAGUUUGUUCUUUUUUCUUAUUCUUUCUCAGCUGCUACCGCUCGUAAGCAGUGCUCAAAAGGGGAAGGGAAAAAAGGGUCAUCUCAAGGGCUCUUCGUACUUCUGUUUCUUUCCAUGGAGCGGCUAGCUGUGAAAUAUAUCUGCUAAAUAUCGCACAAUAUACCCCGCUGCUUCUCCUUUCUUCCAUCAUGCAGUUUUUCUCUGCAUGUCUACUUAGUUUGGAUACCAUUGUUCUGAGAGGAGUGAUGUUUCUCUCACCCAACUAUCUCUAUAGCUCUGAAGUAUAGAAGCUGCUAUGGUCAGGAUUGGUCAACACCCAUCAGCCUUUAUGAUUCUCUUCCAUACUGUAUUAGUGCCAAAAUGGAGUUGUUAUCAUCACCAGUGCAACUUCUCACUGCUGUUCACUCUUUGCCGGUAUAUCAUGAUAUCCCUCAGGAGGUCCAAACCCUAACCCAGCUCAAAGCAGUUAAGGCAUGCCUUCCAUCUACACAAAAAAAAAACUCGAUGCUUCUUUCUUACUUAUCAUUCCUCUCCUCCUUUUCUCAUCAACUUCUUUUUUUUCUUUCUUUCUUUCUUUCUUUCUUCAUCAUCUUCUUCUUCUCACCGUCGUAAUCUACGCCUCUCUUUCCCUCAGUCUGUCGUUCUCUCUCUCAGUCUCUCUUUCUUUAUUUAAUCUUUCUAUCAUCUUCUUCAGUCUAUUGCUCUUUCUCUUACUAUCUUUGCUCCAUCUCUUCGUCUAUUUUCUCGCCAUCGUUUGCCAUUCUGUCUUGCUUCAUCUUCUGCUUCGUCUUCGUGUUCUUCACAACCAUCUUCUUCUACCAUUUUCCCCAUCUUCCCCAUCUUCUUCAGCUUCUUCAGCUUCUUCCGUUCUGUCUGCUACGUCCUCAAUACCACACGUGUUUGCUGCCCCUCUCAGGCUUCGAUUUGACCCCCUGAAGAGACACAAGAAGAGACGCGUCAAGUUCAUCUACUGAUUCUCCCUACGCGUAUUCUUUGUUUGUUUAUUCCCUUUCGAUUGCUCAAAAACAACCUAUCAUAUCUUGCUUUGUUUGUGCUUCGCCUGCUCCCAUAUCAGAUAUAUCUUUGUUAUCUUAUCUUCCAAUUGGCUUGUCUUGUUGCUGAAAACUGUGGUGGUGUCUUACC